CUUUGUUACCAGGUCAUAAAAUAAAAAAAAAAGUAUAAUGAUAAUUGACGUACGUAUGUUUAAUUGACAUUGACAUUUUGUCAUGCAUGAUAGAAAUUUUUGUCCACAGUGUCCACUAUUUUCGUGAACUGAAAAAGUUAGAAAAUACCUUUCUGAAAAACAGAUUUUCACUUUUAAAAAUAAUAUAUAACAUUUGUAUUAACUAAUAAUUACUAUGAACGCUUAAGUUCUUUUAUUUACUAUGUCUGACCACAGUAAAUCAUGUAGGCCUGGAGAGGCUGCAUUACAAAACAUGAAAUUAUUGCAAACUGAGAGCAAUGUUUUCAAAGUUCCCAAAGUGCCUGUAAAGAAAAUAUGUUCAAAGAAAACACAAGUCUUAGAUGAGGACGAAUAUGUUGAAGGUAUUGCAAAAAUUAUUCAAAGAGAUUUUUUUCCUGACCUUGAGAAGUUAAAUGCUCAAAAUGAGUUUUUAGAAGCAACAGAAAACAAAGAUUACAGUAGACUUGCAGAAAUCACAAGAAAGUACAGUGGAAGUCGUCCUCCUACAGAGCCAUAUAACUCUCCCGCCACUUUUGAUACACCAAAUGUAGACCGUCCCUAUUCGCCAUCAGCACCUACUGUAAGAGGACAGAGGUCUAAUAAAGAGCAUAAUACAGAAAAUGAGAAAUCAAAAGAUAUUACAGAUAAACAUACUCUAGAUUCAUUCCUAUCUAAUCACACAAGUGAGGACAAUGCCAGCUAUGAGCGUGUUAUAGCACUUGAAGACAAAAAGCGUGCUACAAAACUUGCAUCACAAUUGCAAUCGGAAAUGACAUCACUUGCCUUGGUUGAAGCUGCAAUAGAGCUUCCCUCCAUUGAGCAACAAGCAGAUCAGACACAGAGACCACAAGAGUUGGACACAUGGCGUUACAAGGCAAAGAACUACAUAAUGUACGUCCCUGACGGUGCGGAGAGUCAAAAACCGACCCCUAAACCGGAGUUACUCCACCACAACACGAGGCUGAAAGCCGAGCCCUUUGACCAUGUCAAGAAUAAGGAGGCCAUCACUGCCAUCGCGAGGACACAGGAUGCAAGUAUAACGGGCAAGAUAGGCGUGGACGGCGUGAGCAUAAGCGGCGUGGGUGAAAAGGGCACCCAGUACGAGUAUCUGGCGACUCCAUCUCCUCGACCCGGUGUCGGACCAGACCAGUCUCCGCUCAUGACCUGGGGCCACAUCGAGGGAACGCCCUUCAGGCUCGACGGAGGAGACACGCCGCUGCCAGCCGUGGGCGCGGGGGCUGCGUACCGUAUGCUGGAGGGAGGUGCCCGCGAGCGGUUGGCGCUGCAACUGGCCGAGCGCGCCGCGCGACGGCACCGCCCUACCACGCCGCGCCUCACGCCGCGCACGCCACUUUUCAGAAACAACACCGAAAGGCUGGCUAGUAUGUCGCCUGCUGCACGAAGACUUGCGACCAAGCAUUUAUUAUCACCUCGGCUGAAACUAACACCAAACGACAUGGGCAUUCUCUCACACAACACGCCCAAACGCGCGCAAACGCCGUCUACGCCAAAAGUGACAACCUCUAAGCCCUCAACUUCUAAAACUACAGAUGGCGCUACCAAUAACCUCACUGAUAACUUGCUACAGAUCAACGUCGCCAAAAGGACGAGGUUAAAAGCGCAAGACUUCUUUAGUGUUUCAUAAAGUAUUUGAAAGAUAUGUUUGCUUUUUAUUUCUGGGGUAAAUAAAGAUGCCAUCGGACCAUAGCAAAACCAAUAUGAUAUGAUAGUUCUGCAG